AUGGCCGAGGCUCUCACCCAGUGGAAGCAGCUGAACCCUCCUCAGGGAGAUGUGCCUGAGAAGCACAGGAAUCUGGUCUUGCUGGACUGGGAGACAAGACCAGAGAGUAAGGACCUAACUCCAGAGCAGGAUAUUUCUGAAGAAGAAUCAGCCCCUGGGGUGUUAAUAGCAAGAUUUCCAAAGGAAAGUUCCAGUGAAUACGAGGACUCUUCAGAGAGUCAGCAGGAAAACCAUGAGAAACAUUUAAUACAGGAGGUUGUCACUCAGAAGAAAUCUUCUGGGGAGAGAAGUUACCAGUGUCAUGAAUUUGGGAGAAGUUUUAGUCGAAGGUCAUUACUUGUUCAACAGCAAGGAGAGAGACUACAUAACUGUGAUUCAUUUAAAAAGAACGUAAAACAAAAUUCAGAUCUAAUGAGGCACGAGAAAGUUUGUGCAGAAAAGAAACCUUGGCAGUGUAAUGAGUGUGAGAAAGCCUUUAGUUACUACUCAGCUUUUGUCUUGCAUCAGAGAAUUCACACAGGAGAAAAACCCUACGAAUGUAAUGAAUGUGGUAAAGCUUUUAGCCAGAGUAUACAUCUUACUCUACACCAGAGAAUUCAUACUGGAGAGAAACCCUACGAGUGUCAUGAAUGUGGGAAAGCCUUCAGUCACCGCUCUGCCCUUAUUCGGCAUCAUAUAAUUCAUACUGGAGAGAAACCCUAUGAAUGCAAUGAAUGUGGGAAGGCCUUUAAUCAGAGCUCAUACCUCACUCAACAUCAGCGAAUUCAUACUGGAGAGAAACCUUAUGAGUGUAAUGAAUGUGGGAAGGCCUUUAGCCAAAGCACAUUCCUUACCCAGCAUCAGGUCAUUCACACUGGAGAGAAACCCUAUAAGUGUAAUGAAUGUGGGAAAGCCUUUAGCGAUCGAUCAGGCCUUAUUCAGCACCAGAGAACUCAUACUGGGGAGAGGCCUUAUGAGUGUAAUGAGUGUGGGAAAGCCUUUGGCUACUGUUCAGCCCUGACUCAACACCAGAGAACUCACACUGGGGAGAAACCCUAUAAAUGCAAUGAUUGUGCCAAAGCCUUCAGUGACCGCUCAGCCCUCAUUCGUCAUCAGAGAACACACACUGGAGAGAAACCUUACAAGUGUAAGGACUGUGGAAAAGCUUUCAGCCAGAGCUCAUCUCUUACAAAGCAUCAGAAAACUCACACUGGAGAAAAACCCUAUAAGUGUAAGGAAUGUGGAAAAGCUUUCAGCCAGAGUUCAUCCCUUUCUCAACAUCAGAAAACUCAUGCUGGAGGGAAAACCAAAGAAUACGGAAAAGCCUUUAGUGAGCAUUCAGCCUUUGGCCAGCAAAAGAGAAUUCAUACUGGAUAA